GUUAUGUAUAAAAAAAUUUAAGAGUAAUUAUAAAAACUAUUCUUCAUAUAAAAUAUUAACUUGAAUAAGUUUCUUUAAACAUUAAAUUAAAAGAAUAGUGUAUAAAAGUUGGCGACAAAUGGUUAUAUAUUAUUUUCCUCAUGUAUUUCUGGCAGUAUCGAAGGUGUAAAGAAAGGUGCUCUCUAUAUCUUUUACAAAUCUUUGUUUAUUAUUCUUUAAUAGUGUUAAUUAAAACCGACAAUUGUAAUAUUUUUCCGGAAUAUAAUUUAUAUCUGGGGACUAAGACGCCCUACAGGUUAAUCGCUAAUUUAAGUGAUCAUAAAAUUGAAGUUAAAGGUUGUACUCCACUUAAGAUUUGGUAUCUAAUUAGGCAUGGAACAAGAAAUCCUGGUGCAGGAUUUAUUAAUAAAGCAAAUCAACGUUUGUCACAUAUAAGGGAUCAAAUAAUUCAAAAUAAACACUUAUUAAAUAAAACAACUAAAUGCAUAAAUGGUUUUGAUAAGUGGCACAUGGAUGUCAAGGAAUUGGAAGCUAAAAAUUUAAGGCUUGAAGGAGAAGAUGAGAUGGUUCUUCUAGCUGAACGAAUGCAGAAAAGAUUUCCAGAGAUUUUAAGUCACAUAUACAGCAACACAAGUUAUUUUUUCAAAUACACAAAAACUCAAAGAACCAAAGCAAGUGCUUCAUGUUUUACAAAGGGGCUCUUUGGUAAAUUUGUUAGCAGAGACAUUUGGUAUCCUGAAUCAUUAGAAAAAGAUCCUGUCUUGAGAUUUUACAAGCUUUGCACAAAAUGGCAAACAACUAUUAAAAAAAGACCAGAAACCUUAAAAGAAAGAGAGUUACUUAAACAAAAAUAUGGAAAACAGAUAAUUGAAAGUUUAAAUAAAACAUUAGGUUUUGGUUUAUUAACCACAAUGGAAGAUGUACAUCUUAUAUAUACCAUGUGCUCUUUUGAAACAGCAUGGCAAAAGCGAAAGGAAUCAGUGUGGUGCAGUCUUUUAGAUAAAGAAACAUUUAAGGUGUUAGAAUACUAUGAAGAUUUGAAAUAUUAUUGGAUUGAUGGAUAUGGGAACAGCCUCAAUCAUAACCAGGCCUGUGUUGCUUUUCAAGAUCUCAUAAACUUUUUUGAGAAUGAAGAUCCAUAUCCUAAGGCAAAGAUAUAUUUUACCCAUUCAGGGACAUUAUUAAAAAUGAUAGCACAUUUUGGUCUUUACAAAGAUGUUUUACCACUGACACAUAAGAAUUUUCAAAAAAUUUCAAAUAGGCAAUGGAAAGUCAGUAAAAUUGAUGCAUUCGGAACGAAUUUAGCGCUGGUUCUUUACAGGUGUGAAGACCAGCUGAAAGUGCUCACGUUGCAUCAAGAAAGAAUUGUUUAUCCACUUGGGUGUCCUAGAGAGCAUCUUCUGUGCAAUUUAAACGACUUUAAAAAGAAUUUUAAGCACAGUAUAAACUGCCAGUUUGAUAAAAUGUGUUCCCUUUGAUCUUUCAACAUACUAAAAUAAAAAUAUUAAUUAAAAGUUAAAUUGUAAUAUUUCUGUGUAAAAUUAAGUCCAGCAUAAGGGCAGGCUUUAUCAAUAAGUCAAUAAUUCGUUUUUCGCAUAUAAAUCAAAUAUUGACUCAAAAACGUACCUUGGUAAAGCCUUUACACCAAAAGAUGGAACAUUGGCGUUGAUUUGGGAAAUAAACCUUUUUUGCCAUUAUCCUGGUUUUAAUUGUACUUUUAAAUAAAGGGAAUAAAUGGGAACUGUAAUUUUUCUACUAUGAAAUUAUUGUAAAACUAAACCACAAUCAAUAAAAACAAAAAGACUGUAA